AUGAAGUCUCAUCUUGCCCCCGCGUGUAAGCACCUGGAGCAGUGGCUGAGCAGGACUUUGAAGCAUAUCUGCAUAAUCAGAGAUAUUCUUCCUGCUGCGAGAGAUCCAGAAGAGAUUUUGGAGGAUCAUUGUGAUCGCAAGGAGGAGUUCGUGGACCUAGCUGAAGCCACCGAGAAGGUUUUAGACCAGCUCCAGGUUCUGGAGAAGGAGGAAGAAGGGCUAAGGGCUGACAUAUCUGCUGAUCUUUGGCUACAGGCCGAAUUGGAGGUUAAGCUAAAGGACAUUCGGACAUAA